GUGACAUGACAAUGGAUGCCGUGUUAGCUAAGUUGAAACUCCUGGAUCCAGAUGACCUUAGAGAAGAAAUUGUCAAAGCUGGCUUGAAUUGUGGACCCAUUACAUCAACCACAAGGUUCAUUUUUGAGAAGAAAUUGGCUCGGGCUUUACUAGAACAAGGUGGAACCUUGCCUCUGUGUCUUCCCAACCCCAGUGAAGCAGCGCCUCCAGCAUCCAGGCAGAGUGGACCACGGGUCCCCACUUGUGCCAGAGUAGAACAGACCAAGUUUUCCGAAGACAGAGAUUUUGGUUACAAUGUGGGCUUGAACCCUCCAGAGGAAGAAGUUAUGCCAUCUAAGCCCUGUCUGUUGCCCUUCAGCCCUUCAGUGGAAAUUGACGCCCACAAGACUGGAGUGACAGCAUCUAAGGAGCGAGCCCUGUACUAUGGAGUUUGCCCGGGGAACGAGGAUGGUCCUAUGAGAAGUGAAAGGAUCCAUGUUUAUGAGGACAAAAACGAAGCAUUACAAGCUGUCAAAAUGAUUAAAGGGUCCCGAUUUAAAGCUUUUCCAACCAGAGAAGAUGCUGAGAAAUUUGCUAGAGGAAUUAGUGAUUAUUUCCCAUCUCCAAGCAAAGCUGCGCCAACUCUGUCUCCUGUGAAGAUAGCUCCACUCUUCGGCAGUGUUGGGUUGAAAGAUGGAUUAUGCUUAUCUGAAUUGGAAACAGUAAACAAAGAGCGAGCAAACAGUUACAAAAAUCCUCGAACACAGGACCUCACAGCCAAGCUAAGGAAAGCUGUAGAGAAGGGUGAGGAGGACACCUUUUUGGAUCUUAUCUGGAGUAACCCCCGAUAUCUAAUUGGUUCCGGGGACAACCCAACCAUUGUACAGGAAGGAUGUAGGUACAAUGUCAUGCAUGUUGCUGCCAGAGAGAAUCGGGCUUCCCUGUGUCAGCUGACGUUAGAGACUCUGGAGAACCCUGUGUUUAUGCGGCUCAUGUACCCAGAUGAUGACCCAGGCAUGCUUCAGAAGCGUAUCCACUACAUUGUUGACCUAUACUUGAACACUCCUGACAAAGUGGGCUAUGAUACCCCAUUGCAUUUUGCUUGUAAAUUUGGAAAUGUUGAUGUGGUCAGUGUGCUUUCUUCACAUCCCUUGAUUGUGAAAAACCCAAGGAAUAAAUACGAUAAAACACCUGAAGAUACGCCUGUGGUUCCUCCCUCAGGUCACUACUAUGUGCCACUUCUAAGAGCAGAAGACACUUCCUCACCUGUCAUUGGGGAGCUAUGGUCCUCAGACCAGACAGCUGAAGCCUCACAGGCCAGCUACUGUAGAGCUGGCCCCAAGGACUCUAUGCUGACUUUGAGGGCAUUUGUUGGACCCCUGAGUCCAUCCAAGGCUGAAGAUUUUCGCAAACUCUGGAAAACUCCUCCUCGAGAGAAAGCAGGCUUCUUCCACAGUGUCAGGAAGUCUGAUGCAGAACGGGGCACUGAGAGAGUAGGGAGGGAGCUAGCUCAUGAGCUGGGGUAUCCCUGGGUUGAAUACUGGGAAUUUCUGGGCUGUUUUGUUGAUCUGUCUUCCCAGGAGGGCCUGCAAAGACUAGAAGAAUAUCUUGCCCGUCAGGAAAUGAGCAGAAAGGCUCAGCAAGAAACAAGAGAAAAUGAAGCCUGCCAUCAAGACAAAGCUUUCACUUCUGGUAGUACGAAGAAGCAUAGCAAUUCCAUCUCUGUGGGGGCAUUUCUAGAUGAAGAUGAUGGCAUGAGCUUAGAAGAAAUGAAAAAUCUGCAGAAUACAGAGCGAAGUCAAAGCCAGCUCACAAUUGAUGCUUUUGGGAACUUGGAGUAUGGUGCCCUUCCCCUGGGGCAGAAGGCAGACUGUGGAGAAGGCCCAGGUGGAUACCACCAUCCCCAUUGUAGUGAAAAUGGGGUAAGCCACUCUCUGAGUCAGAGAACCCCAACCUGGGGAAGACAAGAGCGCCCCCCUGGGGAGGCAGACCUUUUGCCACCUGUGUCUUCUUUGACUCUUCAGUUUGAUAAACUGAACUUGAAAAAUCCUUCUGAGACAUCAAAUGGAAACAGGAACACUAAAGAUAAGAAGGUCCUGACUUCAAGAAAAGAUGCAGUAGAAGGUGCUUUGCCAGCAAGUCCCCUUGCUGCAGACAGACUGGGAAACAGCCACGUCAGGACUGACCGGGAGAUGCCAGCAGGAGCAGUGGAAAUGUCCCAGGGUCCCAGUAGCCCUGGAGCCCAGGCUGCACGUGUGCCUGGAUCUACUAGGAACUCCACUAGGAAGCUCUUCCUUUUUGGUGACGAGCCAUCAAAACUAGAUCGGGAUGUCUUGGCAGCGCUUGAGAGUGCAGAUGUUGACCCUGGCCUGUAUCCAGCUGUGCACAGGUGGAAGAGUGCAGUCCUGGGCUACUCACCCUCAGACAGACAGAGUUGGCCAAGCCCUGCACUGAAAGGAAAGUUGAAGUCUCAACUGCCAGAUCUUGAUUGCUGCAGUUUGGGGCGAAGCGGUCCUGCUGGGAUCAGCCCUGGGAAACUGGGUCACAUGAGGUCGUCCCCCAGCCGAGGCAGCCCCGGUCGAUACAGUCCUGCACAUGGGAGCCACCUCCGCAGAGUGGCACACAUGGCACAACUUGCAACCCUAUAGGGCUCACGUCCUUCUUCAUUGUUAAGGAAAGAAGGGUAAUGUUUAUUGGUAAAGUUUAACAAAAGACUAUAUUCUGAAUAAUUUAUUAGUUCUUUCUAUGAAGCCUUAAGUAUUUUAGAAAAUACAGAUGUCCUAACUCAGAUUUAAACUUAAUACUUCAGAAAAAUAAAAGCAAACUCAAAAAAUGCAAUGCACAAAUAUUCUCCAAAAUGUGGAUGUAGUAAUGAUGCAGACAUUUUAGGUAGUGAUUCCUGGGUUUGAAAUGGAGCAAAGGAGAUUGGGCAUGGUGGUACACCAACUAUAAUCCAGCAUUCAGGAGGAUGAGGAAGGAGGAUUUUAAGUUUGAAGCCUCUAGCAUGAGUUAUAUAUACAUAAUGAGACACACACCUAAUACUCCCUCCCCUCCCCAUAAUAAAAUGAGAAUGACUGAGAGGUAGUGUGUGACCUCCCAGGCCUGAGCAGGUGCUCUGGAGGGAGCUGGCAACCCUGCUGUGCGUAAGUGCACUUCCACUGUCCACAACAUGAGGACAGGUUGUACACAGACUCCUGGAGAGCAGCUUCCCAGUACACAAAUGCCAAGACCCAGGUGUUCGCUGCUUGAUCCUAGUUGUUUUUAACAGUAAGGAACAGGGAGUAAAUGGGCCUUGACUGUCUCAGCCUUAUGCUCACAAGAGAAGUAUCUUUCUCUUGGGAAAAAAGUCCGAGCCAGCUGGAGUCAUACAAGUCUCAGAAUCCUCACCAGCAAUAACCAGAAGGUCUAAUUCUCACCAGCACCUGAACUUGCUACUUAAUUGCCAGCGUGAUAAUUAAAUAAUAUAAAUUGUUCCCUAGCUUUGCAAUUUGUCUUGAUCUUUUAUAAAGAAAGUCCCAGCUGAAGUAAAUUCUAAAAAGAUCAUUUUGUUACAGUAGAGAAACUGGAGGUUUGAGUCUUUCAGUCCUUGGUAACCUUUUAGUCAUCAUUAAUUAUCCCCAGGAAGGUCUGUACACCCUGUUACCAUGCCUCAAGGCGGAGUCUCAGCCCUGCUGUUGGAAGCAGCUUCUCACACACGUCCAGUGUUUACUCCAAAACAAAAAACUACCACUGGUUGUGCCAACUUCAGUGCCUUUUUGUAAAUCAGUUACUUUUCCUGAAGUUACUUUUUGAGAAUAUACAAUGAUUAUAUCGGCAAAGACAUAUUUUUUUUUGUAAACACUCUGAAUUGAAAUGUGUUUUUAAAAAGCUUAUUUCUUUUAUAUAAGACAUAGGUUUAGAAUUCAAAAGUUUGUUACACAGGAUAUUUUCAUUUGCAUGAGAUCAAGAUGUAAAGCAAAUAAUACAGUUUGUUCUGAAAACAAUGACAUUCCAAAAAGCACUUUUGUUUUCAAAAGGUAAUUGGAACAGACAUUCUUUUUAGUGCUGCUGUUUUCUCUGAAGACUUAGCAAAUUGUCUCAGUAUAUUAUUGUCAAUAGAGAUUAAAGUACUGUUUUCCCCUAAUUUUGCAGACUGCAGUUUUCUGAAGCUUUAGAAGUCACUGUUGACUAUUCUAUUUGCAAGACCGUGGGAAUACCUAUUCUGGUAAAUGUUUUGUUACCUUAUG